AAACAUCACCUGCUUGUUUAACUCCUGUUUUAUUUAUGAAGUGCAUCAAGAAGUCUUACAUUUUACAAUUAGUGCUGUGAAACAAUUAAUCAUCCGACAGCACUAUUUCUCAUAUUUGAACAUUCCCAGUUUGACUUACUGAUGUGAAAAGUUCCUGUCAGUCAAUAUCUGUUAUUGAUUCAUCCUGAUUUUUUUCUAAAUGAGGCAUCGCUUCCAGUAAAAGCAUCAGGUUGAACUUGCUUCAUUUCGGUGAGUCAUUCGGUUCAUUUUAUUUUUUCUGCAGCUCAGCAGAAGCGCUUCCUCGAAAAGACAAUAUAAACUUCAACCCGAACCCAAACUGAACAGGAACACGUCCAUCGAGCUCCAGAAUGAAGACGCCGCUGCUUUCCCUGCUCUGUCUGUUCGUGUGGAGUCAGUCCACAGAAGCCUUGACCGAUCAGGAGGUGGUUUUAGGACAGAGCGUGACUCUAUCCUGCGAGUACCGAUUAAAAGCCGUCGUUUGGUUUGUGAUGAAACUUCCAGCUCGUCCGGAGAUGAUAAUGAGAACCUUUGGAUCAGAAAAGGCUGAAUAUUAUGAUGAAAAAUACCGUGAGAAAUAUUCAGAAGGAGGCAGAAGCCGCUUAGUAAUCAAUAACAUCAGUGAAGAUGAUUUGGGAAUUUAUUACUGUAUAAAACCAGGCUUUUCUCUGAAGAUCAGCGGCGGCAUCAGACUGCACACCGCUGAAGCCCGAGGUGAAGUUCAGCGAGCGUGAGCGAGGAAAAACACCCAUUCAGACCAGACCCAAUGAAAGACCCUCAAUAUCUACAAGUUCAGACAAACUAUGACACAGUUUCGUACUGAAGAGAUUGUGUUGAUUUAUUACCGUUGGCUUCAAAGGAUCAGAACCGCUUGUUUAAAUAAAUGUGCGAUUUUCGAGGUCUGUAAAACACGAUUUGCUUUCGUAGUAAUAAAAAUGACUAAAACUGUCUGAAAUUAAAAAUGUCAUGUGAGCUUCUUUAUUCUUGUCAAAUAAAUCGACUUCGACGUGUUUUAAA